AUGGAAGAGCCAUUGCCUUCGCAACUCCCGCAACAAUAUGAGACGCAAGAGGCAGAGAGUGAGUCGGUCCCACGUUUCGUUGGAGACCUCAAUCCCGAGGCCAGGCUCCUCCACGAAACGGAAUCAAGCGCGGAACAGCAAGCCACGUCGCCGGAUCGACUUGGUGUCUGGUUCCAACCGCACUCUCACAGCGCUUCCAACUCGAUAGCCAGCCCAGUGUCGACCCAAACCGCACGGACGCGGCAGCAACAUCCAACGGUAUCGAAUUUGAUCACGAUGGAGCACAUCGCAGCAUUGUCAGAUCUGUAUUUCGCCAAUAUUCAUCCGAUCCUUCCGCUAUUGAAUGAAGAGGAAUUUCGCAAUUCAUUAGCACAAAACAAAGCCCCAAUGGCACUUGUACACACAGUAUGCCUCAUUGCGGCCAAGGAUAGUGCAGCGGGUCCACAUUUGCGGUUUUACCAUUCGAAUGAAUCCCCGGUGCCAGUUAGAGCAUUCUGCACCAAACUUCACAGCUCCAUAAUGGCAGCCAUAACUCGUCCGGCUGGGUUGAGGAGGAUUACCCUUCUCCGCAUUCUAGGUCUCCUCUCUCUGCACGAGGAGGGGCACGAUGGCGCAGAACAAGCGUCUGCCCAAGUCGCACAAGCAUGUCAUCACGCGCAAACCUUGGCCAUUCACUUGAGCAGACCGAGCGACACUGAUAAUCUUGAAAUGAAAAGAACGUUUUGGUGUCUGUGGACGCUGGAUGUACUCAAUGCGGCCACUAAAUCACGGCCAUGCAUUAUCCACGAUACAGACAUUGGAAUAGAUCAACCAAAGCCAGGUGAAAUGGCCUCGGCAGCGUUUGACAUCUGGUUUCAUACUGCGAAGUCACUCAGUCGCGUGAUUGCACUGUAUCGCCCGUCGAAUCCAGACACGGUGACUGGCAUUAAUCUUGAAUAUGCGACUUUCGAGCAGCUGGUCGAGCAGAUGCAAGGGUGGCAUUUGCCCACACCGACCCUUUCCACCUUACGUGUCUUCUUUUUGGCUACUGCCAUACUCGCCUACCGGCUCAAGACAAUCAAGGUACUACCUAUCGCGACAGCUGCAAGAUUACGACAGCAGCUCUCAGCCAUGCAGAUCAUUCGACAAAUGCAAGACCACGAACGUCUGGAGUCACUACAUCCGUUACCUGUCGUGGUAUAUGGAGCAUCGCUUGCUUUGUCAGUAUCAUAUCAGCAGCUGAGGUACAGCAGGCUAGUCAUGGACCAAGAGGAAGCUUUACAGGAUUUCAAGACUUCAUGCAGUAUUCUUCAAAUUCUCCAGCAGAAAUGGGGCUCGGCUGAUGCAAUGGCUUCAUUGGCGCGGAAGGUUUCCAUUGAGCUCGGGAGGAUUCCGAGUCUCUCUCUGGUUCAAGUCGACAGGUCUUAUUUGAAGAGGCCCGAAAUCGACCAAAUUGAGAGUACACCUCACAACGCAGCUCAAUAUGAACCACAAGAUUCCGAACAAGAAGGCCACGAACUAAACCAGAUGGCCGAUUUGCCCGGAACCGAGGCACCUGCGUUCACCUGGGAUCCAAGGGUCAGCGAUGUCUUCGGAGGCAUGGACGACAUGUCAUGGAUGUUUCUGGCUGCAGAAACCCCCAUGAACUUCGACAACCUGUCGUACCUUGAGAUGUGGGAUAGUUCUGUAGCGCAUCUUAUGCCGCAGACUUGAGGUUGAUGUGGCUCACGGCAGCCACCGGUGCAACAGGUCGCGUGUCGUACCUCAAAUGAUGUACGCACAGCGCCACAAUCCGUUUGAGGACAUGGAGCAAAACGUGACACAGAAGUCCCGAGAAUAUCUUUCGGCUCAUCUUUCGAUGCAAACAUACCAGAUCCCACAUGUGUAUUGACAGCUAUCCACCAAAGGCGUCUCAACAACCCAGCCCCAGCAAAUCGAAUGACGAGAGCAGGCUAAGGUCAAUAAAUCCUCCGAAAAUCGUAUGCUC